AUGGAGCGGGCCGGGGAGACCAGCGGAGCUGAAGCGGGCGGAGGAGCCCGCGCACCGACCGCCCGGGGUCCCGGCCCCCGCGCCCGCUAUGCCGACCCCGACCCUGUCCCCUACUCACCGCCCCACACAGCGGCGGCUCCGCGGACGCCCGCAGCCUGGCCCCGGUCACUCGCGGCGGCGCGCGGCGGGUCCGGGGCUGCCCCGCACCAUCCUCCCGGCCGCUCCGGAGACAGCGAGUGGCUCCCCGGGGCCAACGGGACGAGCCGGAGACAGGCCAGAGGGCGCCUAGGAGACGCCGGCUCCGCGCGCCCGCCGCGAACGCCGGCCUUUCCGGGUGAGAGCAGAAAACCACGUCAUCACAAACGCCGCCGUGACCUGUGA